AUGGACGCAGAAGACUUCCCCACCUCUCCGGCCAAGCGCCAGAGGACGGCCUCGCCAGAAGCGACCGAACCCGACGUCCACCAUCCUGAGUCCUUACCCGCAGUCAAUGGCGCACUUGAACCCCAACACAACCCUUCAGCGCAAGCGCAGGAGCAAGAGCUGGAGCCCGUGGGGACGGUGCAGUCGAGGGAAAACAAGCCUCAAGACGUAGCGUCGGAGGAGCCACCUUCGAAUUCACUCCUAGACGUGUUGAUGCAGCAGGUCGAGGCCGAGUCCAGUUCGAAUCCUCCCGCGAGAGUCGAAGACUCGCUGUCUGUGAGCCAUGUUGGCGCUUCAACAGGGGGCAAAGAUGAAGGCUUGGCCAGCACUGAUGGUCAUGACCUGACAACUACUGCAAAUGAAGAGAUGGCAGCAAGUGUCGUGCAUAACGCCGUGGAGCCGAUGCAGCUGACGGACGGGUUUCUACCCGCUACAACUGAACAGGUCGUCCCAGGUACCAAUCCCUCCGUAUCGGCCGUGGGGGAUGCGAUGGAUGCUCCUGUUUUCGUCGAUCACAAUUCUAUGGACGCCAUACCCCCAGAACCAACGGCCGUACCUGAAGAAGCCGGGGGCGCUGAGUGGGAAGUUGACUCCUCACCAUAUAACUCUUCCUCAGAAUCCGAUACUUCCUCCGACGACAGCUCCUCAGAAGAGGACAGCGACAAUGACGCUGACGGUGACUAUGCCAUGCUAGAUCCCGAGGAGGCCGCACGAAUCCUCAUGCAGGCUGACGGCGGAUCCGACGAUGAAGAGGGACCACGGAAGAAAGAAGGUGGUCCACUGCGGACGGCUAAUGAGCGCAUGGAAGAAGUCAUCCCCAAGCCUGACAUCGUCGUAACCGACGACAUGAAGAUUGAAGAGCUAGGCAGCGUGGAGUUUGUGGUCGAGAGUACAGUGGUUAUCAAGGCCAAGACGUCAGGGGAGUAUCGCGUCCUAGAGGCUGGCUCCUUGAUAUGUCUCAAAGAUCGAUCGGUCGUGGGUGUGGUUGCCGACUUGAUCGGGCGAGUCGAGGAACCCAGAUACACCAUACGAUUCACCAACGAUGACGCUAUCAAAGAAGCUGGCCUGUGGGAGUCUGGAACGACGGUGUAUUAUGUUCCUGACCACUCGACCUUUGUUUUUACUCUUCCUUUAAAGGCCAUCAAGGGAAGCGACGCAUCCAAUUUCCAUGACGAAGAAGUGGGUGACGACGAGAUGGAGUUCUCGGAUGACGAAGCCGAGGCCGAGCACAAACGCCAGAUGAAAGCCAAAAGGCAGGGUCGGUCGUUGGAGACUACAGGCAGAGGAGGUCGCGGUGGCCCUAAAUUUCUCAGGGGAGCACAUCGUGGCGGUGGUGGGGGUAGAGGAGGACACUAUACCGGCAACGGCUCUGGCAGUGCUGACGGCUCAGCCUACGGCAGUGGCUCCCUGGAGAUGAACUACGAUGAUGUCUCGAUGCCCAGCACCACCGAAGAUGGCUAUACGCCUCUGCAGCGGCCCGCUGACUUGACGGACAUGAUGGCCAGAGGAGAACAACGGCCAGAACGUGGCGGACCACAUGCCUUGCCACCACCGCCACCACCGUCACAUUUUAGGGGAAGCGGCGACUUUCGCGGGCGUGGCAGGGGAUACGGCAGAGGAGGACGAGGCGCGUUUCGAUCGAAUCGUGGUCGCGGUGGCUUCAAUCAGCCUCGCGACAAUCAUUUCAAUCAAGAUAAUGCUUCAGCCCAUCAACAGAACGGCUUUCCACAACAACACGGCUAUUCUCACCAGAACCAUUUCACAGCGCCACCCAUCCCGAACAUCAACGUUCCCACCACACCGUCCAUAACACCGCAAAGCGUCACAUACCCGCCGAUGACCCCCUCGCCCAUCACACCACUACCAAAUGUAUCAUUCAACUUCGGCCGCGGGUUCCCAGCGGCUUCCACAUUCCCCUCCUUCCCGCCUCCACCUCCGGGCAUGCCGGGCUUCCCUCCUCCACCACCUUUCCAACACAACUUCAACUUCCAGCAUCAGCAGCAGCAACAUCAACAGCAGACACAUCAAUCCCAACAUCAGCAUCAACAUCAGUCUCCACCUCAACCCUCCUAUGGUGCAAACUCGACCGCAGGCGACGGACAAAAUACCUACCUGUCUGGAGCUUGGGCUAACAACCCAACCGUUGCGGCGGCUCUGCAGAGGCAGAUCGAAGAGCACAGGAGAAACCAUGGGUGA